AUGGGGGUCGAAGGGCCGAUUUUUCGAAGGCAAAAGAUUGAUUUCAGAAGUCAGGAUGAGAUUACUGAUUUUGCUGUUGCCGACCAGAAAGCGUUUAUAAUUUCCCGUUCUCGCCAUUUACGCAGAAUCGAUAUUCACGCUGAAAACGAUACGAAGGAAAUCGACAUCGUCAGAUCAGAUGGAAAAAUCCUCGACUUCUGGCCAGAUCCAAAAGGCGAAGCGGCGAUAUUCUCUGUGCUGCAGAAUGGCAUGCCCUGCUCUCUUCUCUGGACUCUGAGCUCGAAUCGAGUGAAACAAAUCAAAGAACUGAAGAAUAUGUCAAUCACAGCGGCUAGCUGGAUAAGCUCGUCGAGGGUUAUUGCUGGUGCACUUUCAAAACGAAGAAAAACGCCCAUUACUGGCAUUUCCAGUUUCACCUUCGAAGCCAACGGAAAGAAAUCCUUCUCUUCAAACUCCCGCCGCGUCGUUUUAGCCGCAACGACUUCAAAUCUCAUCCAUUUCAUCGGAACUGACGCCGUCGAAUCUCUCGAUCAAGUGUUCUCCGGCUACACGGCAGGCGUCAAUGUCAUUAAUUUUCCAGCUAAUGGGACGUUUGAGUCGAAAUUGGUGGUGACUCCGAUACCGAAUGAGAACGAUUCGCGGCUUUUUGCUUGGACUUGCAUGUCUGGACAAGAAGUUUUUGUCGGAGAAGUCAAUUCUUCGGCAGAUAGAAACAGAACGAUAACUAACAACAAAAUAAUCACAGGCCACGGGCAAACCGGCCCUAUCCACGGCCUAGCGCUCACCAGAUUCCACGUCGUGACCCUUCAUUCUACCUGUAUCGCGGCCACAUGCUUGCUGAACAACCAACUAGUUUUUGUCGAUCACUUUGAGAAGAAAGAACCUCUGCGUGGCCUCGUGAUGUCGAACUACGAUGUUUCUCCGUGGGCGUUCUCUUCCGAGUCGCCCUAUAUUUUCAGAGUUAAGAAUGAAGGAAGAUCGGUUUGGAGAAUCUAUCUCGAUCUUGGAGAAUUCAACGAAGCAAAGAAAUUUUGCAAAGACGACAAACUCGUGCAAAACGAAAUCAUGGUCGCGCAAGCAGAACAUCUUUUAAACAAUCAAAAGAAAACUGCUGCGAGUUAUCGAGAAGCGGCGAUGAUCUACGCGAAGACGGAAGAAUUGACUUCAGAAAUCGCGCUUAAAUUUUUACCUAAUGGAAGCUUGUCGAUCCAGGAAAACUCGAUGAGACAGGAAGCUCUUAUCUUCUUUCUCAAGCACAGACUGCCACUUGUCAAGUCCAUCAGCGAGAAAGGCUUUAUCAUUGGAUGGCUUCUUGAACUUUAUCUGACGUCGCUGAGAGACACCGAAGACCUUUACGGCCCUGCAGCUGAGGAAGUUAAACACCAUCGGCAGAACUUCCUCUCUUUCAUAAACGAUCCAGCUACUCGACCGACGAUUUUAUCAAUGAAAGAGACCUUGUAUUCGCUUUUACGGCAGCACGGUGCAGUUUCAGACUUCCAAGAGAUCGCCAGUUUGAUUGGUGACUACGAAGCGAUUAUUUCCAACUCGCUUCAGAAUCAAGACUGGCCAGUGGCGGUGAAAACGCUUGAAAAAUGCAAUGAUCCGAAAUUGUUCUACAAGUUCAGCUCAUCUUUACUGCCGCAUGUUCCCCAAAAGCUCUGCGCUGCGUGGGAAACCUGUCAAUUUAUCAAUCCAGAAGAGCUUCUCGAAGUUAUGGCCAGUUCUUCAACCCGAUCCGUCACUUGUAGAGCAUCUGUUCUUCAAUAUAUCGAGUCAAGAGAUAUGAAAGCCUUGUCUAAAGAGAUUCAUAAUCUCCAUUUGUCGCUUUUAUGCUCGGUCGAUGUUGAGAAGGCAGAAGAUUACAUUGUGAAGAAGCUGGAAGGCGAUGAGAAGCUACAAUGCGACCUAAGUUUUGCCUUCAAAUGCCUCGAGUCUUUUUCGAAUAACUGUAUCCCAAUGUGCUAUCUCAUCACUCAAUCCGGCCGCUGGGAAGACGCCGUCAAAUUAGCACUAUCAAAUUCAAACGGGAAGCUAGCUAAAAAACUCGCUCAUCGAGCAAAGAACGCCGGGGAUGUGCCAAACUCUAGUCUGAAAUCUAUCUGGAUGCAUAUCGCAGAAGCUGAAAUCUCAAAAGAUCCAGCAGCGACGGGCGAAAUCUUGAAGGAAUCCGAAGGGUUGGUCAAUGUGGGCGAUGUUCUGAAGUUCUUUCCCGAAUUCGCGACAAUCGACCAUUUCAAACAAGCGUUAUGCUCAUCUCUCGUUUCUGUGUCUGCACAAAUCGACGAGUAUCAAGACAAACUUCAACAAACUCAAAUUUCCGCUCGUCAAAUUCGUCAAGAUAUCAAAGAUCUCAACCGAAAAUGCUACAUUUUGACACCCGAGAAUCUUUGUACAUCCUGUUCUCUCCCGAUCCUCUCCUCAGCUUUCCUAGUAUUUCACUGCGGCCAUAAUUUCCGAACAUCCUGUGCCGUCAAAGAAUGUCUUUCUGGGACUAAAUGUCCUAAAAAGGCAGCUGAAUUGAAGGCUCUCUUGAGCGAGUUAAACUCAAACAAGACAAGUCCAUCGACUCGGCAGAAAAUCGAAGACUUAGUUGCCGAUGAAUGCCCUUACUGUGGAAUCAAAGCGGUGGAAUCUAUAGACGUGCCACUGGUCAGCUCCAACGCGCUGGAAGAUUGGUAA